CCACUUGUUACCAGCCAUGCGAGUAUUUACUAUAGAGAUUUCAGUCUUCUUAUCCAUGAAGAAAGCACUGCCGUAGCUAUAAUACAUACUGGAGUAGUUUAUGAACGUAUAAUCUUCUUUUGGAGAGCCUUGCUUUCAUAAUAUUUGCUGUCACGAUCAAGUCGUGGAUAAUUGUAUCCCGUAUUUAACUUCAUAACAAGAAAUAUAUGAACUGUUUCGGAUUGAAUUACGGAUAUGACUAUUGUUUUUGUGAUACCAUGGAUAUCGACAUGUGAAUACUACUAGUUAUAAUAUACAUGUUUGGAAUCACUUUAUACAUGUUACUUAACAGAUUAGAUCUUUAAGUGUGUAUUGCAUGAGAAGGAAAACCCCUUACGAACAAGAUGAAGAGUGUGCCGCUGACAUCUCGAGGACCAGUAGAUGAUAACAACUUUCCUUGGGUGGAAUCCCAGACUAGAUCGUACCUGAGCAAAGGCGAAAUCGGCUUCCGGGGGUUGCGACACGAACCCCCUCCUCACACCUCGCCCCAUCGAAGAAGUCGAACCACAGGCAGUGUUGCAACGCCAAGUAUGUAUGGGGACCGAGAGACGGUGGUCCUACCGAAGAUUGCCACAGGACGAAGUGCCAAGAGUGCCAAGACGAUGUGGAAGGAUUACGAAAAUAUCAAGAUCAAGACUGUACUCCAAAAUGAAUUGGAGACACCAAGAAUCACACCGCUUUACGUGCCGAAGAACCCCAAACCCCUGUACAAACGAUCCGUCGACGAGUGGAAACCAUUCGACAUCUUGCACUUCCGUGAGUUUGCCGAGAGUGGGGAGAUCGAACCUGAAGACGUCACUAAUUGCAACGAGUUCUACUCCCAGAUCACCUUCUUGCGGAAUGCUGUGAGGAACAUCGAUGGCACCACUAGUUAUCAGAAUCUUUGUAAGAAGCCUCGGAGCUGGAGUGAGCCCUCUGUCGUCGACGACCAGCCAGGAUUGAUCGAUGGUAACCGACUCCACUGGCAAUCAGCAUCCUCAUCUCUCCCGCAUCCUCGGAUGUUACUACCACUCAAACCAGGACCUACCACCAAGUGGUACGCGUGGCGGGCUGCACCACCCAACAAAAACAGCGAUAAACAGAAGUCCAAACGGAAAAAUCGGAUAGAUCGUCACGGAGCUUUCUUAGACGCUUUCAGUCCACGUGUCGCACCUCAUCCCACACCGGCUGCGAUAAAAGUUCCAGAGAGCACACCCAAAUCCGACAACUCCAGACUCCGACAAGUGCCUCGUGGAGGAAUACCCUCAGAUCCUGCAGCGACGAGUACAGCAGGUGGACACAAGAUAGAGAAUGAAGAGAACGGUUUGAAUGUAGAACCUAAAGGACUUACAUUCAUUACCGAAUCGAAAGAGGAGAGCGUUGAUCAAGCCGCACAGAGACAGACUGAUGUGCAUGUCUCUCAGGAAACACCCAAAGACAACGUCGGACAAGAGCAAGAUAACAACGAGGCUGAUGGAGCUGAUGAACAGAAGAUGGUUAAGAAUGAACAAUCGGGAGAUGCACUAAAGGAGAGUGGAGAACCGCAAUCAACUAGUCAUGGAGAGGAUGGAGCUACAAGUACGCUUCACGAAGAUACCGAUGUAGCAACUCAGGAAGGGGAAAUGGAAAAUGGAGCUGAGGAAAGUUCUCCGGGAGAGGAACAAAACAAUAGUGAUGACAGUAAGAGCGAUCAAAAUCCUACUAACGAAGAUGAGAAUGAUACACAUGCAGGGGAAGAGACGGCCGAGUAUAAUGAGGUGAACGACGGUGAUCAAGGAGUAUCUCACGAACCAGAAUCAGAGACAGACGCAAUUGAUGAGGACAUACUUGUGCCAGACACGCCUAUUGAUGUCUCCGAGAACGUCGAGCCUGCUACAGAGGAUAUCAUCCAAGGGGACGGAACUCCUGACAAUCAGAACAAUGAUCAAGAGUUUUUAAGUGAUAGAGAAACGCCAGGAGCUACUGAUCAACCUAAAGUGACAGAUGAAGUCCCCGAAGACGCCGAAGAACCACAACCUUCGACUGGUAAUGAAGACCUAGAGACAGGUGAAAAGUCCGGCCAACCUACUGAUGAUGGUGACCAUAAAUGA